UCUUUUUCUUUUUUGUCAAAUCUCAAUUGAGUUGACAAAUGGGCCAUCACAAAUUCUUUGGAAAAUUAAAAUUUAGUAGAAACCGGUCCAAUUUAAUCACGGCCCAUAUACCAAAUCAAUCUUCCCUGACUUGUGAGUUUCUCCCUGGAAAUCGUACUUCAAACCCUCAAACACACAGACAGAGAUAGAUAUAUAGAUAUAGAUAUAGAUAUAGGAGGUAAUGAGUUUGUCACUUAUACAAAGCUAUCCAUCAUCCGAAGAUGAACAAGAACAAACUUACCUCAGCAGCUCAUCUGACGACGACGAAGAAGAAAAACAAGACCAUCAAAACGACGACGUUUCAGGCAGCAAUUAUAAAAUAAAAAAGCCUUUAUUUGAUCCACCUCCAAAUACUUCAUCAUCAUCUUCUCUUCCUUCCGCAUUCCUCGCAUUCUCCGAAGUUUCAGGACCUCCACAGUUUCUUAACAACUCUGUUGGAGAGACGGGAUCAGCAGAAAAAGAUAAUGAUGGGCAGCUGUGGCGGCAUGGUCGUCGGAGAAAUCGCAGAGACAAAAAUGAUGUGCCUGAAGGUGCCGUAAUGCAGGCUAAAGCGCAAUUAGUGGGAAUACGUGACAGAGUAAGCAGUGACGCUGGGACCAAUACAUCAACUCAAUCUAAGGUUUCAUCAAAUACAACUGGAGGAUCUGCAAAACGCGUGGUGACUGCAACUAAUCCAAAUCCAGAAGAUGCUGCAGACCUUUUGAGGAUGUGUGUGCAGUGCGGAAUACCCAAAACAUUCUCUAAUGCACGAGGAAUGGUGUGCCCUGUUUGUAAUGACCGUCCUAUGAAAGAGACUGACGAAUCAUCAAAGAAGAAAGGAUCUAUGAUUAAGGACAAGGAAAAGAAUAAACGAAUGAAAGGUCAGUCAUCACAUGCUACUUGGAAAAGCGAAACAGAGAUGCAUCUUCGACAACAGUUUGAUUAGCGCAUAUCUUUUAGUAGUAUUUGUGCUAUGUAACAUUUCUUUUUAAAGAAUUCAGGUAUCUUAUCAGUUCAAAACUUGUGUAACCUAUACUGUCACUCUGUCAGUAGCUCUGCAAGUAUUAUUUCUUACCUGUACUUUUGGGCAUUGUAACCAAUGACAUGAGUUUUCUUUUUGAAA